UUAAGAUUAGUAAAAAGAGAACGCCCCGGAGAUAAAAGUUGUGAGGAAAGAGCGGCCCGCCCUGAAAUAGAUGCCUUGGUGUUAAGCCAAUUUGUAAGCAAGGCUAACCACGAAAAAUACAAUUGCCCGAACUGUGACUUAAAAAAUUAUCCUUCGCAACUGCCACCAGGAGGUAAUGAUAGCAAUCUCUCAAUUGGCUCUAACGAAAAUAGUUUUCCUACCGAUAAUUCCGAGAGGAGAACGCCUGACCAGCAAUCAAAAGAAAAAUCAUCGGUUCAAUCGGACAGAAGCAAAUG